UUCAAUGUUUGGACAGGUCGCGAUCGAGGUCGAAUCGAGAGGACCUGGCUAGAUGGAACGCAUCGCAAAGUGAUUGUCUCUCGGCGCACGCACUGGCCAAACAGCAUUGCUCUGGAUUGGGCCGCCAGACAACUCUACUAUGUCGAUGCUUAUUUGGCCGUGGUCAGUCGUGUAAGCUAUGAUGGUGGCCGACCGGAACCAGUCCUUACUGGCAAUCUACCGCACCCAUUCGGACUGACUUUGCUUGUUCAGGUAAUGCUCGUUACACGCCGAAUGGCUCGCCUGCCAUUUGGUUCACGGAAAAUAUCUCUUUUUGUCAGUAUUUAUCUUCUCUGA